UCUUGGUAUAUCGACAAGCGAUCUUGUCCCCCACAAACUUGAGUUGAAUCACCUAAUAGUCAUCAGAAAGGGAUCACAGCCGAGGACGAACGGGAGGAAUUGAUGAAUUACCGUUACAAGGCAAGUUGCACUCUGCCUCCGAAGCCGCAGAAGAUGAAACACUCGCCCCGCAAAAACAUUGGCCAAAAUAUUCAAGCCCGGCAUAUCGAUAGCCGUUGCCUUUGCAGGCAGAGCUCGGCCAGACACGGAGUCGACAAAGCAGCCGGAAUAUACAAAUUUCGUGAAAGGGUACACGCAUGGCGGAGCGGGUGUACCUGUAGCCGAUACCACUGCCGCAAGGGAAAAUAAUGCUAUAUAUCUACCCUCUAGCAUUCU